AUAAAUCAGAAAAGAAAAUUCGAGCCAUUUCUCGUACUUUUCGGUCCGCCAUUCCCUUUUUGCCUCGAGUCACCACCCACUCUCCCCCACCAAAGCCCCAAAGCCCCUCACAAAUCUCCGCUCACCGGCCAGAACGAUCCGACGGUCGAGAUGGCCCUAUUGCACUUAACAUCAUCCUCAUCUCGAUCCAAUCUCCUGAAGCCCAUCUCCGCCGCUUUAUCCUACUCCCCAUCUCUCCGCCGUUCGAUCUCCUCCUCUGCAGCCGAUGACAGCAGAACCUUCACAAUCGAGACCUCCUUGCCCUUCACCGCGCACCAGUGCAACCCGCCUUCGCGCUCCGUGGACACCAACCCGAAGGAGCUCCUCACCUUCUUCCGCGACAUGGCGACGAUGCGGCGCAUGGAGAUCGCAGCGGACUCGCUCUACAAGGCCAAGCUGAUCCGCGGUUUCUGCCAUCUCUACGACGGCCAAGAAGCUGUGGCGGUGGGAAUGGAGGCCUCGAUCACAAAGAAGGAUAGUAUCAUCACUGCUUACCGCGACCACUGCACGUUCCUCGGCCGCGGCGGUACCCUUCUCGAGAUCUUCUCCGAGCUCAUGGGACGCCAGGCCGGCUGCUCCAAAGGAAAGGGAGGCUCUAUGCACUUCUACAAGAAGGAGGCUGGGUUUUACGGCGGUCACGGCAUCGUCGGGGCUCAAGUGCCGCUAGGUUGUGGCUUGGCCUUCGCGCAGAAGUACUCCAAGGACGGGACGGUGUCGUUCGCGUUGUACGGUGACGGUGCUGCGAAUCAGGGACAGUUGUUCGAGGCCUUGAACAUUUCCGCGCUUUGGGAUCUGCCGGUGAUUUUGGUCUGCGAGAACAAUCAUUAUGGUAUGGGAACGGCGGAGUGGAGAGCAGCGAAGAGUCCCUCCUACUACAAGCGUGGGGAUUAUGUUCCUGGGUUGAAGGUAGAUGGCAUGGAUGUCCUUGCUGUGAAACAGGCGUGCAAAUUUGCCAAGGAGCACGCUUUGAAGAAUGGGCCCAUUAUUCUUGAAAUGGACACUUACAGGUACCAUGGUCAUUCCAUGUCUGAUCCUGGAAGCACAUACCGCACUCGCGACGAGAUUUCUGGUGUGAGACAGGAGCGUGAUCCAGUUGAAAGAGUAAGAAAGCUGGUAUUAUCUCAUGAUCUAGCUACUGAAAAGGAGCUAAAGGAUUUGGAGAAGGAAAUAAGAAAACAAGUUGAUGAAGCCAUUGCUCAAGCCAAGGAAAGUCCAAUGCCGGAACCUUCUGAACUAUUUUCCAAUGUGUAUGCCAAAGGAUUAGGAGUUGAGGCUUUUGGACCAGAUAGGAAAGAACUCAGAGCUGUGCUUCCAUAAUUUGACAUUUAUGUUGGAGGUUGCCAAAACCCCUAGGAACAAUAAGAGGUUUGAGUGAAGAUGGUCAUCUCAUCUUGGUUUUUGAAUUUCAUUCCUUGUUUUGUAUAGGAAACUGAUUCUUGUAGCUAUGUGGCAGAAUUGUUACAUUCUGACUACUUUUUUGGGGGAGCCUACAAUCUGAUAUUUCUGUGAUUGAUUUUAAUAUUUUCGUGCUCCAGAAUAUCUGAAUAUAAACAUUUAAGGAUGAGGAGUUUUUCCUGCGCAACUCCCCUUAUUUCUGUUAA